AUGGGGUCAUCUUUCCGAUCUCGAACACUGAAGCCCACCAUUUUCAUUGCGGUAAUAUCAGUUUUAUUCUUAUACGGCCUUCUUGCAAGAUAUCAACGGGCAAUGGAAAAAGAGGCGGAUGCCUCCCGGACUGCGGUGCGCUCGGAGGGUGUCUUGGAGUGCGUCGACUGCGAGGAGCAGACGACUCACGCUCCUCAGACGGCCCCGCCCCCCCGGCCCCUCCUCGUCCUCGCCCUCAGCUCGCUCGCCCGGAGUGGCUCGACCCUCAUGUCGCAGUUCCUGGCCACCCUGCAGGACGCCGUCUUGUUCUUCGAGCCGAUGUGGAUCAAGGAGCACACGCCGUGCGCCGAGGACGCGGCGUGCGUGGAGCGGUACGUGCGCAGCAUUUUCAGCUGCACGUUCUCGGAGGAUUUCGAGGAGUGGUUCCGCGGGAAGGCGCUUUUCUUCAACAAGUUCCACCCGGCCGUGAGAGCUUGCGCGCGGCCAGGCAACAGGACCAGAAAGGAGUGCAAGGACUCGCUCGACGUCCGCGGCAUGUGCGAGCGCGCGCCGGUCCGAGCUAUGAAGGUCAUCCGCGCGAGGCUGGCAUUCCUGGAGCCGAUGAUGAAGGACCCGCAGAUCAACUUCAAGGUCAUCUACCUGACCCGGGAUCCGCGCGGGUCCCUCAACAGCAUCCGCAAAUACGGCUGGAACAGAGACCCGCUGCUGCGCUGCUCCCACCUCGAGGCGGACCAGCUGGCCUCCGCAAAGCUCACUCGGCUCUACCCCGACAGGGUGAUGCACCUGAAGCACGAGGACUUCUGCCUCGACCCGAUGGGCAAGGCGGCCGCUAUCAUGGCCUUCCUGCACGGCGACCCAGCUCUCCCGCACGUCCUCAGGAGCUUCCUGGUCGAGCACAUGGCCACCAGGUCGACCAAGGGCGGCAUGAGCACGAUCCACAACAGCUCGGAGGAGUACGAGGCCUGGCGCCACGAGAUCACUGAGACGCAGCUGCUGGAGGUCGAGGAGGAGCCGACGUGCGUGCGGGCCAUUCGGAGGAUGGGCCACGUGGUCUUCGGCUCCGGCCAGAGGGCCAACGACUCGGCCAUCUCGCUCUUCGCGCCCAGGGAGGAAUGGCCAGCAUCACACAAGAGAAAAAUAUUAGAUCAUGUGUUCGAAUUCAACUCUAAUACAUACUUUGGCCUCGACUUCGGCCAAGAGAUAUAUCUCCUGGUAAUUUAUUUGAAGUAA